ACUGGAGGAAAGACAUAUAGGUGGACCACAGAAAGAAGAGUGGACCUCAGUACAGGACAGGUCUCCCACUCAUUCUUACUGGUCCCAGACUGUCCAUAUCCCCUCCUUGGGGGAGACUUACUCUCCAAUUUUGGAGCCCACAUCCACUUCACCAGAAAAGGAGCCACUGUACAAGGAAAAGAUGGAGCUCCACUACAGGUAUUAACUCUGCGACUGGAAGAUGAACAUCGGUUAUAUGAGGGACCGAUAGCAGAAACUCCUGGUAUAUCCGAUUGGCUAAAUAAGAUUCCUUUAGCAUGGGCUGAGACAGGAGGCCCAGGACUGGCAUGCAAUCAGCCUCCAAUAGUGUUCACACUAAAACCAUCUGCAGCUCCGGUUUCAAUCAGACAAUACUCUAUGAGCAAAGAGAACCGAGAAGGUAUCAGACCUCAUAUUCAGAGACUUUCACAAGUAGGCAUACUUUGCCCCUGCCAGUCCCCUUGGAACACCCCACUGCUCCCCGUAAAGAAGCCAAGAACAAAUGACUACCGACCAGUCCAAGACUAAAGAGAAGUCAAUCGAAGGAUAGAGGAUAUACAUCCCACUGUUGCAAAUCCUUACAAUCUCCUGAGUACCUUGCCUCCCAGUCACAGGUAGUAUACUGUUCUUGACCUGAAGGAUGCAUUUUUCUGCCUAAGAUUAAGCCCGGGUAGCCAGCCCAUUUUCGCUUUUAAAUAAAAGGACACUGAAGCUGGAAUAUCGGGGCAACUAACCUGGACACGACUUCCCCAAGGGUUCAAGAAUUCCCCUACUCUGUUUGAUGAAGCUCUACACCGUGAUCUGGCUGACUUUCUGGUAAGAAACCCACAGAUUAUGCUUCUUCAUUAUGUGGAUGACCUCCUCUUAGCAGCUGAAACAGAAGUUGGCUGUCUUCAAGGUGCGGAGGCUCUCCUACUGAGACUGGGGGAACUUGGAUACCGGGCCUCAGCAAAGAAAGCCCAGAUCUGCCUACAGCAGGUGAACUAUUUGGGCUAUAGGUUGGAGGGGGGGCAAUGUUGGCUGACAGAAAUCAGAAAACAGACAGUAGCCUCUAUCCCCCCACCAACCUCAGCCAGAAGACUCAGAGAGUUCUUGGGAAGCACAGGAUUCUGUAGAUUAUGGAUACCAGGUUUCGCUGAAAUAGCGGCUCCUCUAUAUCCUUUGACAAAGAAUGGGACUCCUUUCGUCUGGACUGAACACCAGAGAGCCUUUGACAAAAUAAAAAGAGCACUGCUGACGGCUUCAGCUCUGGGAUUGCCAGACUUGACAAAACCUUUCAUCUUAUAUAUAGAUGAAAAUAAAGGGAUGGCAAAAGGAGUCCUUACUCAGACUUUGGGACCCUGGAAAAGGCCAGUAGCCUAUCUCUCAAAGAAACUGGAAAAUGUGGCCGCUGGCUGGCGCCCAUGUUUGAGAAUCAUGGUGGCAAUAGCCUCCCUAGUUAAAGACUCAGACAAACUUACUAUGGGUCAGCCCCUAACUGUCAUAACACCUCAUGCAGUGGAGUCCAUCAUUAGACAGCCUCCUGACAGAUGGUUGUCAAAUGCCAGGGUGACCCAUUAUCAGGCACUACUAUUAAAUCCAGAAAAGAUCAAGUUUGGUAGCCCUGCCACCCUAAACCCCUCCACGCUGCUACCAGCCACCGAGAAAGGCACUGAGAUUCCCCAUGACUGCCAGCAAAUACUUGCAGAGACACAUGGGCCCAGGGAAGACCUCACUGACCAGCCCUUAACAGAUGCAGAUGCCACUUGGUAUACGGAUGGGAACAGCUUUCUACGAGAUGGUGAGUGUAAGGUGGGGGCGGCGGUGGUCGAUGGGGAAAGGAUAAUCUGGGCCCAAGCCCUGCCGGCUGGAACAUCAGCUCAGCGAGCUGAAUUAGAAGCCCUAACUCGGGCCCUAAAAUUAGCAAAGGGCAAAAAGGUCAACAUUUACACCGAUAGCCACUACGCAUUUGCCACUGCCCAUAUACAUGGGGAAAUUUACCAGAGGCGGGGACUCCUCACCUCGGCUGGUAAGGACAUCAAAAACAAAAAAGCAAUAGUGGCCCUUCUACAAGCCUUAUACUUGCCAAAACAGGUCAGCAUAAUUCAUUGCCCUGGACAUCAACGAGACCAGGGGCCAAUUGCUUGAGGCAAUCGGAUGGUGGAUGAAACUGCCCGUCAGGCAGCAGAAGGUACAUACAUUCUUUACACACAUGCAGACCUUAAGGCUGAGAUGAAGAAACAGGCAAAGAAAAGAUAUCAGAAUCGAACCAUACUGCCCCGGGAGGCAGCACUUGAGCUAAUCUCCCAACUCCACCAGUGGACACAUUUGGGACACAAGAAACUAAAAACACUAUUAGAAAGAGAAGAACAACAUUAUUACUUCCCAGACCUCAAUCAACUAGUUCAAAAGGUAGUGGGAGAUUGUGUCUCAUGUUCCCUGGUAAAUGCAACUAGGUCAAAGGUCCCAUCUGCCAAGAGAGAAAGAGGGACUCGACCAGGAACAAACAGGGAAGUAGAUUUUACUGAAGUACUUCCAGGAAAAUAUGGUUAUAAAUAUCUUUUAGUGUUCAUAGACACUUUUUCAGGGUGGGUUGAGGCCUUCCCCACCAGAAAGGAAACAGCCCAGACUGUGGUAAAAAAGCUGAUUGAAGAAAUCUUCCCUCAAUUUGGACUGCCCAAGGUAAUUGGGUCUGAUAAUGGCCCAGCCUUCAUCUCCCUGGUAAGUCAGGGAGUGGCCAAAGCAUCGGGGAUUAAUUGAAAAUUACAUUGUGCUUACAGACCCCAAAGUUCAGGACAGGUAGAAAGAAUGAACAGAACCAUUAAAGAGACCUUAACCAAAUUAGCUUUAGAGACUGGCACUAAAGACUGGGUACAGCUUCUACCUCUAGCCUUAUUUUGGGCUAGAAACACUCUUACUAUGCACGGCUUAACCCCCUAUGAAAUCCUUUUUGGAAGACCGCCUCCUGUCCUCAAUGUAACCUUGUCCCCCUUGCCCUCUUCUUUUGAUAACCCCAGCUUAAAAACAAGGUUCCAAGCCCUCCAGAUCAUCCAGAACCAGGUUUGGAAGCCCUUGGCUGCAGUCUACCAGCCUGGUAAUCUACAAACUCCUCAUUUCUAUCAAAUUGGAGAUCAGGUGUAUGUAAGAAUACACGACGUAAAGACCCUUGAACCACCAUGGAAAGGACCCUACACAGUUCUCCUGACUACACCAUCGGCCCUCAAAGUAGACGGGAUCUCGACUUCGAUCCACGUUUCCCAUGUCAAGAGAGCUCCGACCCAGGAGGACACUGGAAGAUGGCAUCUACACAAAACAUCCAACCCUCUAAAAAUAAGACUCUCCAGAAGACGAAAUAAAUCCUCAUGCUAUUGCAUCUACUGGUUAGAGGACUGA